AUGAUGGAGGAGGAGGAAAGAGUCAAGAGCUUGACACGGAAAGAAACGAAAUCAAAAUAUGUGCAGCGUAUCCAGGAAAAGCGCCAAUCUCCUUUCUUCAAAUUUGGAGUUUAUGUGAUCAGCUUCGCAACCCAGGCCUUGUUUGGACGUCUAGCUCUUCUAUGGUGUCCCGGAAGACUAUGGAAGCAGCAAUGGCGGCACAAACAGACGACAGUCACGGGAUUCGAUACAGAAAGACGCGAGAGUUCGCAAAGAAUGCUAAUGGAGUUUUUCCGGGGAUCUUUCUCUUCCUUUGAGAAAAAGAGAUACAAGAAACCGCUGGUAUUACGACAGGGUCUUAUGACAGGAUUGUUCUAG